GUAUUGUGUUGAAUUAUGUUGGUGUUGACCUUGACUGGUUGUGUAGAUGGGGUGAAGGGCAGUGGGAAAACGAUGUCUCUCUGUCAUGCUGUCCACUACUGCUCCAAACAGGGAUGGCUAGUACUACACAUACCAGAUGCCCACCUUUGGGUGAAGAACUGUAAGGAGCUGUUGCCCUCCUCCUACCACGCCUCCCGCUUUGACCAGCCAAUACAGGCCUCCAACUGGCUACGCAACUUCAGAACCACCAAUGAACACUUCCUCUCCAAGAUCAAGUUGAGGCAGCGGUACGUGUGGACUAAGAGAGAAAGCACUGAGGAGGGACGGCCACUAGGGGAGCUGGUGGACAUGGGAGUGUCUCGUGUGAAGAGCAGCAGUGAUGUGGUGGGGGCAGUUCUAAAGGAGCUGAGGCUACAGGCUGGGGGGACAGAGGGGGGCUUCAGGCUGGCUGUGGCUGUUGAUGGAGUCAACGGCCUCUGGGGAAGGACCACGCUUAAGAAGGAAGACAAGAGCCCUGUGGCUCCAGAGGAGUUGACAUUGGUUCAUAACUUGAGGAAGAUGAUCAACAAUGACUGGUGUGGAGGGGCGGUCAUCGCGACUCUGUCUCAGACAGGAUCUCUCUACGCUCCAAGCUCUGCCUACCUGCCCCAGGAACUGCUGGGAGAGGAGGGCUUUGACAGCAUGGACCCGUUUAUCCCAGUACCAGUCUCCCUCUACAGUGAGAAGGAGUUUGAGAGCUGUUACCUCUACUACCUGGACCGCCACUGGCUACAACAUCCACACAGUCAGACAGAGGAAGGGAAGAAAGAACUGAUCUUCCUCAGCAACAGAAACCCUUCUGUACUGGAGAGACUGUGUGCCUUCCUGUAACAUCACACAUGGGCCCACACACCAAUAGAGAUAGGACUCAUAUCUGUGACAGCAUGGGCAGCGCCAUUGAGGCUACAACCCAUAGGAAUCCCUACGGGAUUCUUUGACCACUUUAAAAUGGUGGAAGCCCUCGAUGGUGCUGCCCAUGCGACAUCAAGGCCACUAGCAUUCUCUAUGGGACAAACGCCAAUACAGACUCAUACAUGGAUUAUAACAUUGCAGUUGUGUAUGUGUCCCUCCAUAAAUUAUUCUGUUGUGAUGCAUGAUAGUGUCUUUCAUAAUAAAAAUAUACAUGAAAAACA